UCCAUAUGAGACACAACGACCAAUUUUCCCCACUUUGUUUUUUUUUUUUUUUUUGUCUACGUUCAAGUUAUUUGACGCGUCCGUAUGAAAUGCAUGUAGCGCUGAAGCGGUGUGGUGUUCAGCGCGGUUCGGUCUCGGGUGUCGCGAGGCUUUAAGACUCUCAGUGAGCACGGCGAGGCGCUCACACCAGCAGCACAAACCGCACCAUUUUGGCUCGGAAAAACACUAAACAGACGAAUUCCCAGCGCGUGAACGAGUGUGAGUCGCGCUGUAUCGGAGUGUUUCAGGGAGAAUCCUCUCCGUGUUUGGAUCCUGUCUGGAAAAUUAAAGGCGAACUUGUGGUCGAGGAGGAAAACACUGAGCGCUGCUUGAAAUUACACGAGCUGUGGAUUAACUUCGAUUUAUCCUGCAGCAUAAAGAAGUUGAGGUGGUAAUUAAUUUGAAUAUUUACAGAACGCAAAAAAACGCAUUUUUGCGAGUUAAUAAAACGAAAACAGCAACCUUGUGUGAGCUCGGUAAAUCAGCUUGUUUUUGCUGGAGCUUGACUGAGGAACCUGCAGCAGGCCUAGUAAACACAUGUCAGAUUUCUCUCAGCUCAAAACACCAUCUGGAUGUGUACUGCUUUUUUUUAAGGAUGUCCACGUAACGUGCUAAAAUGAAGAUUUGCAUCCAUUUGCCUUUUUGCAAGAACACGAGAUCACAUAGUUUGAUUGCAGUGUGGUGGAAAGUGCAGAAGACUGAGGAAUAAAGUCAGCCUCUGGAGCUGAGGUCAGACUGAAGCACCACGUUGGGCUUGGGCUCCGGGUUCGGGCCGCUUUGCCUCAACUUUUCCCAACUUUUCCUGGACUUAUUUGACUCUUUUGACUUGUGCUUUUUUUUGAUAAUAAGGACGUUUUGCUGUGAAGCUUUAAAAGCAACACAAAUCGGAUUUAAGGAUUCCACCCCAGAAAAAUAAAAAGAAACACACCUAGAAGCACAAUGCGACCACAGUCGUCGUUACUGCCUGUUUUCCUCACGUUUGCCAGCCUUUUGUGGCAUUCUGGACCUUUACAUGCUGAAAUCUGCUCCAGCAAAGAUAUCCGGAACAACGUGACCAACCUGCGCUCUCUGGAGAACUGCACGGUGAUCGAGGGCCACCUGAAGAUCCUACUCAUGUUCAAGACCGAAGCUGAGGACUUCCGUGACCUAAGCUUCCCUAAGCUGGUGAUGAUCACUGACUACCUGCUACUGUUCCGUGUCUACGGCCUGGAGAGCCUGGGCAAGCUGUUCCCCAACCUCACGGUCAUCCGCGGCAACAACCUGUUCUUUAAUUACGCUCUGGUGAUUUUCGAGAUGCUGCAGCUGAAGGAGGUGGGACUGCACAGUCUGACAAACAUAACACGCGGAACCGUGCGCAUGGAGAAGAACCCCGACCUCUGCUACCUCUCCACACUCGACUGGUCCAAAAUCCUUGAUUCAGUGGAGGACAACUACAUAGUGGCGAACAAAAACGAGCGCGAGUGCGGCGACAUCUGUCCUGGAACCAUCACGGCAGAGAUCAAGUGUGUCCAGACCACCAUCAAUGGGCAUUUUGGACAACGCUGCUGGAACCAGAACCACUGCCAGAGGAUUUGUCCUGCUGUGUGUAAACAUCGUGCCUGCACCUUGUCCAAUGAGUGCUGUCAUGAUCAGUGUCUAGGCGGAUGCUCUAAGCUGGGCAGUGCCAGGGCGUGUGUGGCAUGUCGUCACCUCCUGCAUGAAGACACCUGCGUGGAACGAUGUCCUCCUGGUUACUUCACCUUCAAAGGGUGGCGCUGCGUCUCCUACCAGUUCUGUCAGGAACUUCACAACCACUGCAAGCAGGCGAAGAGCAAAGACUGUCACCAGUAUGUCAUCCACGAUGGAGCAUGUAUCCCAGAAUGCCCUUCCGGAUACACCACCUUGGACUCAACGUUAAACUGUACUCUGUGUGCCGGUCUCUGCCCUAAGCUGUGUACCGGUGUGCACACCAUCGACUCUGUGACGGCGGCUCAGGCUUUGCGUGGUUGCACCGUCCUCAAUGGCAGCCUCACCAUAAAGAUCCGUGGUGGCAACAACAUUGCAGCAGAGCUGGAGGCAAACCUGGGUCAGUUAGAAGAGAUCACAGGCAGCCUGACCAUCCGCAGGUCUUUCGCCCUCAUCUCGCUGUCCUUCUUCCGGAAACUUCAUCUCAUCCGCGGAGAGGCCGCGCAAAUCGGCAACCACACGUUUUACUCCCUGGAUAAUCAGAACUUGCGCCAGCUAUGGGACUGGUCUAAACACAACCUGACCAUCCUGCAGGGCCGCAUGUUCUUCCACCACAACCCCAAACUCUGCCUGUCUGAGAUCUACAAGAUGGAGGAAGUGACGGGGACCAAAGCACGAAAAGUCCAGAACGACAUCGGACUUCGCACCAAUGGGGAUCAGGCCUCCUGUGAAAACCAGCUUCUGAAUUUCACCAGCAUCCGCACGAUGGCCAAACACAUAUUGAUCACGUGGGAGCAAUUUUGGCCUCGUGACUUCAGAGACCUGCUGGGCUUCGUGGUGCUUUAUAAAGAAGCUCCGUAUCAGAAUGUGACUGAGUAUGACGGACAGGAUGCUUGCGGUUCUAGCAGUUGGAUGAUCAUAGACGUGGAGGCACCAGAUAGGACGCCAGACACAAAGCGUGACCCUGGCGCUCUUCUGGUGCAGCUGAAGCCAUGGACACAGUAUGCCAUCAUGGUGAAAACACAGCUGUCUGUCUCUGAUGAUCAGCAGGUCCAAGGAGCCAAGAGCAAAAUCAUCUAUGUCCGCACCAGCCCCAGCCGACCCUCUGUUCCUCUGGACCCCACCUCUUUCUCGCUCCCUUUACAUAAGAUCAGGCUGAAAUGGAAAUCUCCCACAGAGCCUAAUGGGAACAUUACACACUACCGUGUGUCGUACCAGAAACAAGGGGAGGACAGCGAGCUGUAUAAGUUUGACUACUGCCAGAAAGGCAUGAAGCUUCCCUCUCGCAGUCCCACAAACCCCAGCCCGGACGUCAGUCUGAAGUGGAAUCAGACUGAGAAUCAGACUCAGAACAAAAAGUGUUGUAGCUGCCCCAAAACUGAGGCGCAGCUGAAAAAGGAGGCGGAGGAGCGCGACUUCCGCAAGACGUUCGAGAACUACAUCCACAAUGAGGUCUUCGAACCCAAAUCACAGCGUCGUCGCCGCUCAGUGGGAGUGGCUAACUCCACUCUCUCCUCAAUCCUCACCCCGCCCCCUCUGGCCAAUGGUUCCUCCCCUACCCCGACGCCAGAGGAAAAGGUGGUGCUGAAGGUCGUCGGCAAAGAAUUUGUAAUAAUCUCCAACCUGCAUCAUUUCACGAGCUACCAGAUGGAGAUCCAGGCGUGCAACCACCCAGACGACCCGGAGUUCUGUAGCGUCGCCACCUUCGUCAGUGCCCGCACCCUACCCGCGGCUAAAGCAGACAACAUUAUGGGUCCUGUUACUCCUGAGAUCCUUGCUGAAGAACCCGAGUUUGUGUACAUCAAAUGGCAAGAGCCCAAAUCCCCCAACGGCAUGAUCAUCCUGUAUGAGGUCAGCUACCAUCGGGUGUCUGAUAACGAGGAGAUGCAUCUCUGUGUAUCGAGGAUCAGUUAUGAAAAGACUGGAGGUUGUAAAUUGAGAGUUGGACAUCCUGGGAACUACAGCGUGCGAAUCCGUGCCACCUCACUGUCAGGAAACGGAUCCUGGACCGAGCCGGUUUACUUCUACGUGCCGGACAACUUGAUGAAUGUGAAGAUCAUCAUCGGCCCUGUGAUUUUGCUCAUCCUCACACUCUUCGUUGGAAGCGCUGUCUGUUUUAUUCUCAGGAAGAAGCAAACCGAAGGACCCACGGGCCCCUUAAUCGCCUCGUCAAACCCAGAGUACAUCAGUGCAAACGAUGUGUACAUUCCUGAUGACUGGGAGGUGGCACGUGAGAAGAUCACACUCCUGCGCGAGCUCGGUCAGGGCUCCUUCGGCAUGGUGUACGAGGGCAUCGCUAAAGAGAUCGUCAAAGGAGAGUCGGAGACACGAGUGGCCGUCAAAACUGUUAACGAAUCUGCGAGUCUGCGCGAGAGGAUCGAAUUCCUCAACGAAGCCUCAGUCAUGAAGGCGUUCAGCUGCCACCAUGUGGUGCGCUUGCUGGGUGUUGUAUCGAAAGGACAGCCAACGUUGGUGGUGAUGGAACUGAUGACACAUGGAGAUCUGAAGAGCUAUCUGCGUGGCCUCAGACCUGACGCUGAGAAUAAUCCUGGCCGUCAUCCUCCCACACUCAGCGACAUGAUCCAGAUGGCUUCAGAGAUUGCAGACGGCAUGGCCUACCUCAACGCAAAGAAGUUUGUGCACAGAGACCUCGCCGCUCGUAACUGCAUGGUGGCCGAAGACCUCACUGUGAAGAUCGGAGAUUUCGGAAUGACCCGGGACAUUUACGAGACGGAUUAUUAUCGUAAAGGAGGGAAAGGCCUGCUGCCUGUCAGAUGGAUGGCUCCUGAAUCGCUGAAGGACGGAGUAUUUACUGCUCACUCAGACUGCUGGUCAUUCGGCGUGGUCCUGUGGGAGAUCAGUACAUUGGCCGAGCAGCCAUAUCAGGGUCUUUCCAAUGAGCAGGUGCUCAAAUUUGUCAUGGAUGGAGGAUAUCUAGAUCGGCCGGAGAACUGUGCUGAGAGAAUGCACAGCCUGAUGCAAAUGUGCUGGCAGUACAACCCGAAGAUGCGUCCCACCUUCACAGAAAUUAUUGAGAUGCUGAAAGAUGACCUUCAUCCGUCGUUCCAGGAGCUCUCAUUCUUCUACAGCGAGGAGAACAAACCUCCCGAAAGCGAGGAGUUCGACAUGGACUUUGAGAACAUGGAGAGCAUCCCGCUGGACCCGUCCUCAUAUAACCAGAGAGAGGAAGGGAGCUUCAUGCGUGACAGCGGCCCCUACGACGAGCACGUGCCCUACACGCACAUGAACGGGGGCAAGAAAAAUGGCCGAAUUCUCUCACUGCCUCGCUCCAGCCCUUCAUAACAUUUCCUCAUGGCGCUGCUCUGUAUUUGUUUAUCUGCUUGUUUUUCUUAGUUUUAAAUUGUAAUCUUUUUUCAGAGGCCCUUAAAAACAGAUCUCAGGUCUUUUUCGUUUUUUUUUUUGUUUGUUUUUUGGACUUCCUUCCUGCUGUGGCGAUGUGAUUGCAAAGCGUCUUUUCUCCAGAUUCAUUCAAAUCGCCGUUUGCUUACAUCUCCUUUCAUUUUGCCAAGUUUCCUGGUCGAUGGAGAAAUAAUUUAAAAACUGUGAAUAUGAACCUCUGAAAACCAGAAGGCUGCUUCAGCUUAACCUCUUUUCCCACUCAACCUAUAUAUAUUUUUUUAAAUAUAUAUAUAUAUAUAUAUAUAUAUAUAUAUAUAUAUAUAUAUAUAUAUAUAUAUAUAUAAUAUUCUGAGUUUCAAAUCGUGGCCUUUAUUGAGUGGCCUACAAAACAAAGAGAAUAUCCAUUUCCUCUGAACAAUGACUUAUAAGACUGUAUUGGAGGAGUUGAUGAACGAGGGAUGAUACAGACUAUUCUGAGAACAAACAUCGUCUUCAUGCUGAGGAGGAUUUUACUUCUUGAGGGUCCUUGAUCCUUUUCGCCAAUCCGCUCUGGUGUUUGGUGAAUGCGUUUUUAAUUUAUUGGCUUUUUCCUUCACCUCUUUCUUAGUUUUUGCUCGUAUCCUUAUUUUUAAUGACUGAAGGAUAUUUAAAACAGUUAAGGAUUGGACAGGGGCGUUUCCUCAAGACUGACCAAAAAGCUGCUGCUUUGAUAUCCAGUGGGUAUAAAUAUAUAAUAUAUACGAUAUAUAGAAUAUUGAUGAGAUGUCAAUAUUUUAUAUAUAUAUAUAUAUAUAUAUAUAUAUAAUAGAGGCAACAUUGAAAAUCUUGUACAUAGUUCAUUUUUUAUGUCUUCAGCAGAUACCAUAUUUUUCAAUAAUGAGUGUCUUUUUAUUUAAAACAUUCACUCACCCAUUAAACAGAAUACUACACUACUCAACACUUUCACAGGAAAUAUCUGUAAUUAGUAACAGAACGUCUAGGGGGCGCUAAUUAAAGCAGGAGAGACAGUGAGACCUCAGAUUGUUUAAAAAAAAGAAAAGAAAGAAAAGUAACCCAGUUUUUAGCUAACAUCUGUUUGUGUUGUUGGUUUGUUUUUGACUCACUGUGUUUGUGUUUAGCUCAAUAUCCAGUUUAUUGCAGGAAAUAACUUCAGGGUUUUAACCAAACUUACAAAAGUCUCUGAAAGAAAUCAUUAAAUGUUUUCUGUCAAAAACUGUUGAAUAUUCUAAAAAGAAAACGAAGCAGUAAGGUGGCAGCAUCACAAGCGCUACAUCCAAAAUCGCUAAAUAGUCUACCACCUGAGGUACAUAAUGCUUUCGAAAAUGAUGCUAACUAGCUAAAUGUUUAGCAGCUGAGCUACUAGCCACUGUGACAAAUGCCACACCCUAAACAGUACACCACCACAGGCUACAAAAUACUAUCAGCACAUGUUAGAUAUUUGUUCUUAUCUUCACUUUAUCCAUAUGACAACUUAUUACCUCAGAACAUCUUUUUAAUUUUUAGGUGUCAAACAUAGGUACUAAAUAGUAAUAGUAAAAAGUAAAUAUUAGCAGGAGUGGUAUCAUCUCUGAGGACUGUGUGGUGGUCAUGAGACUGGAUGAUGAUGAUACAUGAGGUUGUAAUCAAAUCAUUCAGCAGACAUCAAAACAUUCCACUGAGCUUCAUAGAUUUCUCAGUUUAACCAAGAUGUCACAUGGCGUGUGGGGACAAAUGUUACAGAUGUUUUGGUAUGUCUUUGGUUUGUGCAAAAAUUAAGGAUAUAUGGAGGACUCUAGAAGAAGUGGCCUCACCUAUCAAGCAAAAAUUAUACAGAGACUAGAUGCAUGAGAGAAGGCUGCUUUUUGCUUGAAGUCACUGGAUGUUGUCAAACCUUGUUCAGAAGAUUUUAGAAAUGUACUUCUAUAGUUUGUGUUGUUGGAGAACAUGUCUGUUUUUUGUGCUGGUUAAGUAGGUGAUACAAGAUUGAUACAAGUAAAGCAAUGGCUAACUUGGUAGAUGACAAAUGGAACCUAUCAGGAUAUGAAACAAUGACUUAGCACUACUGUUUGUCUUUCUGAAUUCCUUAAAUGCUAACAUGGCUAAGAGGAACUAGUAGAGUGACCAGACACUAGACUCACUGUUGGCGUUUGUGCCCUUCUGACUUCCACUAUUGUUAAAGUGGCUAAAGAUUAGCAGAGCAUUAAACCCAGAUGUACGGAUUACCAUUACAGUUGGUGUUCAUGACGUAGUAACUUACAUAACUGCUAGUGUGGCGAACAAAUUCUAGCAGAGUUUAAACCCUGAAGUUAGCAUUACCGUCAACUUUCAUGAACUUAAACUUAGUCCAGGCGUUAACAAUGCAGAUUUUCUGAUUUAAUAUUUCUAACCUUCUCAGUCUAAAGACUCAUAAACUCCUCACUGCUUUCUAGAGACUAUUAUCAUGAAGGUGUGUGAAAGUUUCUUCAACAAGAUGACCUAUUUCUGAUGUUUGACAUAUUUAUUUUUACUCUAUCUAACCCAGGGUACAUCUUAGUUCAGAUACAUAUAGAGAAGCAGGUAUUAUGACUGAACAGUCACUCGGUCUAGAAAUGCUUAGUUUAAAAAAAAUACAAAAACACUUAUAUUUUUUAAUAUUUUGGACACAGUCUACCUCAGUAAUUUACAGAUUAUAGACAGGCGGAAGGCGGUACAGUGAUGUAGUGGUUAGCACUGUCGCCUUGCAUCUCCAGGGUCCGGGUUCGAUUCCCGUCUGUGUGUGCAUGGAGUUUGCAUGUUCUCCCUGCGCUUGGUGGGUUUCCUCCGGGUACUCCGGUUUCCUCCCACAGUCCAAAGCCAUGUAGGUUAGGUUAAUUGGUGUUCUCAAAAUUGCCCGUAGUGUGUAUAUCUGAGUGCCCUGCGAUGGAUUGGCACCCUGUCCAGUGUGUACCCCGCCUCGUUGCCCUAAAUCUCCUGGGAUAGGCUCCAGGCCCCCCGUGACCCUGAAUACAGGAUUAAGCGAUAAUGACGAUGAGUGAGUGAGACAAGCGGAAGACGUAUUUCUCUCUUUCUCUCUACAUUGCCUGUUAUUCAGCUAACGACGUUAAGGGGAUGUUUAAUGAUUGCCGCCACAACUAGAACAUAAGAUUUCUUUUUUUCUUUUCCUUUCAGGGGAAAAGAUCGUUUCGCUUGAUCACACCACGUAUAUUUAUUGAUGAAGCCACUGAAAUGGGACCUAAUUGAAAUGUAAAAUUUAUAUUUCCACCAGGACAUGUCAAAGUUCAUCUUAAAUCAUUCUGUGAUUAAUCACGUUCGGUGUUUAAAGUAACCUGUUACUGUAGGACAGGGUCUCUAGAAGAGAGUACACUUUAGAUUGAGCGCCCCCUUCUCAAGUUUAGCCUGUAGCGUGUGUGUGAUUACAACUGAUGAUGAUUUCAGUGCAUUUCACUGGAUUGAAUACAAUAAUUUGCUAACUCCAAGCUCAUUUAUAAUGGAAGUCUAGACUAACAAAGAAGGCUGAGUCAUUAGGUCCACUCUCCAGGGGCACCAACAUUUUUAUUUGUUUUUUUUUUACGGUAAUACUCUAUAACUCUUUAAUGAGAGGUCAUAUAUAAACAAAUUACAUAAAACUAUGGCUAUAAAUUCUGCUUAAUGUUUUUUUUUUUUUUUUGUCAAAUUUUGAACUAAUCCAAGUUGGAACUAAAGUUUUGAGCAGGAAACGGAUUAAACAUCAGAACAUGAGCAGCAUACUAUUGAUCUUAAAAGCAGUGCUGCGUGUCACGCUCUUUGGUCACACCUUAGAAACAGUUUUUGUAGGAUACAUUUAUGAACUGAACUACUUUUCAUAAACCUGGAACGUGGAAAAACAUUACUGUCAUAUUGAAUCUAAAUAAAACUUCACACGAGCCACUUAGGUGAAACUGUCUUAUAUGUCCCUAACACAGUAGAUAACUAUAAACUGCUCAUAGACUUCCACUGUAAGUGAAUUUGGAGUAAAUACAUUUUUUGGUUAUUUUUUCAGUGAAUGAAAAUGUUCCGAGCAAUCUUGUCCGUGGUACUGACACACAUGCUGUAGAUCAGGUGGAUGGAGGUUAUGUUAAAAACAACUUGAGUUUUCCUUUCUUUUUGUGAAUUAAGGACAUUCAAUUUGACAACCUCAACCGAUACCAGUCAUCAUAUUCACACAUUAAACUUUAUAAAAAAAAAAAAGAAAUAAAGAAAGAAAAAAAAAACUGUGGCUGUGAGUGAUGAAAGAAAAGUGUCAUUGGACACAUACAAAGAAAUCCAGCAUAAGCUUUUUACACUCUUGGUUUGUUCUGUUUGUGUCAAAUUAUUUCUCUAUUUUGGACACAAUAUGGAAUCCCUUUGUCAUGUCAUGAUGAAAAUAGUUCCCUUUCUUGUGUGAACUGAAUGUGUUUCCUGGUAAAUGUUUUUGUCUGUUUCAUAUAUGUAUUUUUCCUUACUGUGAAAAUGGAGAGUUAUUGCUAGCGUUGUUAUGGGUUUGGGGGAGAUGGACGCUCAACGCCUCCCCUUGUGCAUGGGUUAGCUCUUCUAGGACAAUCCUGUGUGCCAAAAAGUUUUCAUGGUUUUUUUUUUUCCUCCUCCUUUAAACAAAUCUCGGCUUAAGAUGAAUUCUCAGGAAGGCUCGAGCAUGGGAGGCUCUGCUUGCUCCCUUAGCCUCUUGAUCAUGCUAGAAAUUUGUUGUGCUCUUUUUAUUUUUUCUGGUGGAUUCUAGCGACACAAGUGAAGAGCGCAUGGCGCAUCGUGUAGCCUAAAGGCCCUUACCCACAGUGCCUUGCACAGACUUUAAACCAAACCCAGGCAUCAGACUCCCCUGGACUUAAAGCGUUCCUUCCAGAUGGAGAGGAGAGCGUUGUUUGGGACACUUCCUGGAGUAUUUACCCGCAUCUUUGGGGUUUUUAAAUGCAUAGUCUGAGAGAAAGGUGAACUUUUAAAGGGUUAGACUUUUUUUUUUUUUUUUUAAAGUUUGUUUUUGUUGCUUUUUGUUUUCUUUGUUUCCCCCAUCCUCCCAGUUUCAUCUGCUUGGCUCGAUAUUACUGUAUGGGUAUAUGUGAAUGAUAUUCAUGUUUUUUUUUUUUUUUCUUUUUUUCCUUUCUUUAUUUUUUCCCCUUGUGUUUUGUUUUUAAACCUGAACUUGUCUCUGCUUGGAAUUGCUUUGGCUUUUUUUGCUUUAAUGCAGCAAAAUGGAUGAUCAGUCCCAUCUAAACUUUAGCUUAGUCCUUAUCUCAUCACUCAUCCUAGUUCAGAAGAAAACUGGGAUGUGUAGUAAUUUGAACUGUUUCUUACAAAGAAAAUUAAAAAAGGAAAAGAAAAAAAAAACAAAAAUCUGAAAACUAAGUUAUACUGAAGAAAGCAGUAGAUUCCCCACAAACAAACAGCACUUAAUUUUAAGUUUAGAUCGUUUUUUUAUUAUUAUUGUGUUGUUUUUUUUUUAUUGUUUUUUUUUUUUUUUUUAAAGAAAGCGAGCUGGCAGUGUGACAGGCUGAAGACAAGGCAUUGUAUGUAUUUUAUUGUUAUUAAGAAAAAGAAAAAGAAAAAAAGUAUUACAUUAUUAGAGAUGUUCAUUUCUAUUUUUUUAGCCAAAAAAACAGGGCGGGGCAAAAAAUUUAAACUACUUUUCUGACUGUAAACUGUUUUGCUAUUCUUGUACAUUAUGAAAUGAAAUUUGCAUUAAAAGUGUAUAUAGUCUUUUUUGAAAGGGAAAAAAAAGCGGGACGUCCUUUUGGUCACCGCAGUCUGGAUGUUUCUCAUUUUCGUGUACAGCCGCUUGUUUGCCAUCCAUGAAAUCAUUGCUGUCUGUUUCUGCGUAUUUUAUAUCACAGAUCUCACCUUUGUACGUGUGUAUGUUUUUGUGCAUUGUAUAAUACGAAAUUCUCUCCACAGUGAGGUAUGAAAACUGAAAAAGAUUGAUGGAGGUUCUUUAAGGUCUUAUUGGGUUGAAAGUUUUUAUAAGUUUAAUAAAAUAAUGAUUCAAUGAGGAAAAAUCUAAGUUACAUCAAAUUUAAAUGUUUAACUUUAGUUUAAGAGGCUGAUGAAGUUAACAAGUGACACAUUUCACCCAAAAUAUUGAGCUUAGCCUUUAAACAUGAACCAAACCUCGGGCAGCAAGAAGCUAGAACAUGAACAUAACACUUUGUGUAAUAUAAUAUUUCUUCACCCAUUUAGGCCCUGCCCAAUAAAGUAUAAAAAUUUAGAUAUUGCAUGUUGAUUAUAACUUUUUUUAAUUAAACCUAUUAUGAUGCAUAAUAUUUGUUUGAUAACAACUGGAAGCAAAUGAAAAAAGAAGGUAAAAACAACAUGAAAAAGGAGCUAAAUAAAAAAAAUAAUAGAAGCUAAAUAAAAAAUAAAUAAACUAGACAAAAAUUUAACCUUAACACAGAAUUAGCUCCAUGUUACUUUAAGCAACAGUUAAGAUAGUCGUCAUUCUAAAAUUACUUUUGAACACUCAGAAAUAUCUACUGUAUUAUGAGAAUAAAUAAAGGCUCAUGAUAUUAAAUUGAUGUUUAUUCAUUUAAUAGCACCCAAUUCUGUACUACUGUUCCUCUGUUAUGCUCUCUAAUCUCAUUUAUACCUAUCUUUAAUCUGGGGUGUAUCGACUGAUAACCUUUUGGGUGAGACGUUCAUUACUUGUUAUCUCGUUUAGACUCCGAACUCCAGUGGGGAUAAAAAUGAAAAAGCAACCAUUAGGCUCAUUCAGAAUUCCUAAAUCUCAAAUAGAGAUUCUUAAAUCAGGAUUUUCUGAAUUCUAAAACAUACUUCACCUCGCCACUGUUUCACAUCGUUCUCUUUCUCAUCAUUUUUCCUCAUCAUGUGUUGUCAGACACUUUGACAAACCUGUGACAUAUGGAACAUGUACACACACAAAACCACAAGACGAAUCCCUGGUCAUGCCAUCAGUUUUGCUUUACUUACACACUGGUCUGUGUGUAUAUAAAACUACAAUCACAAGCUCUGUGACAAAGAAGCAACUAUAUCGGAUCAAAAGUGCCAUGAUUAAAUCCCGCUUUAUUACUCUUGUUGUUUUUCUUCCUCAAGGAGAGCCAAGCAGUGAUGUGUACAGAAAACUGUUAUGUUGAAUGGUAUAAAAAUAAAUCUUGCUGUGUGUAAAUUAUUUAACAAUUAACUGUUUAUAUAAAAGAUUAUGAAUAAAAAAAACCUAUGGG